CCUGCAAGUUUUUUAUCUGAGAGGACUGUAUAUGUAGAACACACAAAAGUCCAGGGACAAUAUUUAUGAUUCAGUCUUCUCCAAUUAAAAAAACAGUUUUUGCCUUUUUGGUAAUAGAAACGACGAUUAAUUGGGAAGAUCAAAAUUCAAAAGAAACAGCCAAAGUCAUCAUAUUCAUAGUUGAAACUUGAAAAUGGCGACCUCCGCUUCAGAGUCGUCUUCGGCAACGACGGAAUUUCGAAAUUGGCUUGAGAUACCUGACGAACUGAUGAGAAUUAUAUUUCGAAGAUUGGAAGCUGCAGAAAUACUCAACAGCGCAAUGAAAGUAUGUACAUCUUGGCAGAGGAUUUGCAAAGAUCCAGCGAUGUGGAAGGUGAUUGUUAUGCACAAAUCGUUUGAUAAUUGGGAUAAAAAUUACGAUCACAAUACCUUGAUUAAGCAGGCCGUCGAUCUCAGCUGUGGGGAAUUAAUCGAUAUCAGUAUCAAGGGGUUUUGCACCGAUGAUCUCCUUCAUCACAUAGUUCUAUGCUCAAGUAAGCUGAACCGUGUUUGCCUUUGGAACUGUUAUCAUAUGACGGGCAGUGGGUUGAGUCGGGCAGUCAAAGGGGCACCCCAAUUGGAGAACCUUCGACUUUUUAACACCCCAAUAAAUGCAAAAGACAUAGAAGCUAUUGGACGGAAUUGCCCUCAACUCAAGUCCUUCAUGAUGGCCAAACGGUUCACCAAUGGGUCCGGAGGGUUAUUCUUAAAAUGUGACGAUCAUGCCCUUGCUAUUGCAAAUAACAUGCCUGAGUUGCGCCAUUUAGUACUGAUUGAUGGCGAGAUGACAAAUGAUGGACUCGAGGCCAUUCUUAUUGGUUGCCCUCACCUUCUAUCCCUUGAUGUUACUAUGUCUCAAAUCCUUGUUCUUAAUGGGAAUUUAGGAAAACUUUGCAUGGAAAGGAUCAAAGAUUUUAAGCACCACUUAAUAUAAAAAUGCAGGUUUCAUUUGUUAAAACACCAAUAUACCUCUGUUAUAUGUAUGUAUAUGUGUGUGCCUACACGUGGUGUGAAUUACACAAAGGUCAUGUGUGCAAAAUAUAUGGGAUAAGAAAUUAUUUUUUGUA